CAAAACAUGACAGUGAUCGACAGUGCAAGAGUUGACGAGCACUAUCGGGGGCCUCCAGUUUAUUAAAGUUGAUCACAUGAUAUUCAGAUUUCAGUUGUUGAUCACGUGGCACUGUUAGGAUAUAUAAGGAUUUGAAAUUGAAAGUAGAAAAAAGAUGGCUGUUCAAAAGACAGAUCUUUCCGAAUGGAUGGAAAAUAAAACAUUACCCGAAUGUAUGAUGUAUAUGUUGAAGAAUGAAAUUUUAUGUGAUGUGACGUUUCUUGUUGGUGAAGAUUGCAAACCCAUCAAAGCACAUAGAUACAUGUUGUGUAGCCGCAGCCAGGUUUUCCAUACAAUGUUCCAGGGGUCAAUGCCGGACGAUAUAAAUGUUCCUGAUCUUGAUGAGAAUACAUUCGAUUUGGUAUUGAAAUACAUUUACAGUGACGAAAUUGAGAUAACAUGGGAAAAUUUAAGUGAUGUAUUGUAUGCAGCCGACAAGUACAUGCUUUCAAGAGUUAAACAGAAGUGUUCAGAUCUUUUAAAAACGACUGCACAUUCGUCUGAUGCAGUUGUUGCCCUUUCAAUUGCUGCACAAUUCCAUCUUGAAGGGCUUCAACGAGAAAGUUUGCAGUUUAUCGAAAAUAACACGAGCGCAUGUCUAGCAUCUGUCCAUGCAAACAACCUCUCGAAAGAAUGUGUAGAAAUUAUAAUACAGUCCGACUAUUUAACGUGUACGGAGACGGAUAUCUGUAAGUUUUUCUUAACUUGGACUGACAAAUGCAUUGAAACAGCACACUUAGAAAGAAAUCCCGAAAAUCUAAGAAGCGUCGUAGGUAAUCUCUUAUAUCUAGUUCGGUUUCCAUUAGUGGACAAAAAAUAUUUUUCUCAGUUUGUGUCUCAUACUGGUAUCUUAACUCUUCCAGAAAUUGUGAAUGUUUUUCGAUCGCACUAUGGAGAAAAAAGUGAUUUGUUUGUAGAAAAAACAAGGGUGCCACUGUCAAAAAGGGUGACACAUACUUUUACUCGACAUGCAACUCGCCGUCACGGUUGGACUGCACGAGGUGUAGAUGCUCUUAGUAUUGAGUCGGAUAAAAACAUACGGAUAAAUGAAGUCACUAUUUUUGGACCAACAGCAGAAAUAUUAUCCAAUCUUCGGUCAUUUGAGUUUGAGAUUUUAAACGAGAAGAACAUACGUAUUUAUUCUUCGAGCCUCAACCUACCAUUAGAAGCUACAACAAGCAAGAAAUAUACUUUUGGACCAGUACUAAUAGAGGCAAACAAAUCACACACUCUGCUGUUAAAGGACAUCAAAGUAAAAACAUAUUAUGGAGUCAAAUGCAAGACUUCCUUUACAGCAAACAGUACAACAGUUACAGUGAAAAAUUCAACAAUGUGUACCACUGGAACAAACACAGAACAAGGACAAUUUGCAGGAAUUUUCUUCAUUUCCUAAUUUACAAUCAUGACAUUUAAGGUGGUACCUAACACUACAGGGAGAUAACUCUGUAAAAUCAGCUAAACGUUUUAAUUACGUUGUGUUGUAUAGGGAAUAUUAAGCUACUCAAUGAUCAAAAUUGGUGUUUGUCAAAACUGCUAUAUAACCAGUGUAUUUUUUCUGACAAAACGGUUGGUUCAAAUUUUUUGAUUCUUUUUAUAUUUUUGUCAAAGGGUCAAAGUAAAUACUUUGUCAAAAUUUUAAGAAAAUUAAACGAGCCAAAUUAAUUUUAGUUAAAGUGUUAGGUACUACCUUAAUUUACAAUCAUGACAUUUAAAUUUAGAUACCAAAAUAUAUCACGAUUUCCUACAAGAGAAAGUAGUUAUAAGGAGGAAUUCGAAAUG